UCGUAGCCAUAUUUUGCUUUCGGCACUAAAACAGUAAAAACCUCACUAAAAAGUAAAAACUAAAAAGGAAAGAACAGCAACUGAACUCUAUGGAAGAAGUGAGAUUACCUCCGCCGGUGGAGGAGUUGCUCCGUAGAAUCUGUACUGAGAAAAAGCUACCAUGGCCGGACGCCGGGGUCCGGCGGGAGCUGGCCUCUAUCAGCCAGGAACGUGCACAUGAGGUCCUGGUUAAAGUCUUCAACAAACAAGAUAUCAUAAGUCUCGGCGGUUUCAUCAAGCACUUGAUCCGUAACCUCCCUGCUUCUCCUCCUCCAUCGACAGCUGUCCGCGCUUAUUAUGAUCAAAGGCCCUCUGCUUGUCCAGUUACGCCACCUUGUUCUCAACUUCAGUACAGCUCCGCAGUUGCAGGUCAGGCAUUCAGUGAUCGGACCGAGCAGCCUGUGAUUAAUGGACGGUAUGGACCAUCACCAUAUUCUUCUGGUUGUAAAGCCAUCAGCUCUUUCUCGUAUCCAACAAUACCGCUGGCUUGUAACAUUGCUCCAGUGCAACCUGAUCAUAGGUUUCAAGGUGAGGUUGUAACCAAGUCGCCAGAUCUAGAGAAAUAUGGAGGCCAUGGACAAGCACACUUGGCAGCUCUUGGUACUCUUGAAUUCAGAAAACAAUUUCUGAUCUUGAGCUACAUUAGAGAGGAAAAGUUAAAGAAUGUUAUAGUCGCAGAGGAUAUUAAGCAUUUGAAAGAUUUGCCAAUGGCAGAGUUUGAGUCCAAAGUUUGGCUACUCUUCGGACAUAAAUAUAUCAGCAAUGGAGACCGACAGUUGAAUUUCGAUUGGGAUGGCAGACGCACACAUUUCUAUGAGUGCCAUGUUACCAGAGAUGGGAGUUACACAUUCAAGGGCCCCUAUCUACAAAAUGAAAGAAGAACUCUCCUACAGAAACUAUGUCAAGAUGACAAUGUUUUGAUUGUGAAGUUUGAUGAAGAAGGGACUCAGACAGGUUCUAGGACUUCUUAUGAUAAUGACUAUUCUACGUAUAUGAAGGUUGAGAGACAAGGGAUUUUUGUUGGCUUGCGGCGCUAUCGUUUCUUUGGUUUUAAAGAUGGUGGUAAAAGAGAUAAAAUCAGAAGUCCCACGUCAUCACCCGUAAAAUGUUAUUUUGUUCGUGUGAGCUCUGAUGCAGCAAUAGACAGGGAUGUAGGUUAUUGGUUAUCUAACAGAACAAUUCAUGAAGGAAGACGUCUAAUUAUGCAUGUUGAUACUCUGCCAAGUGUGGACAAGGUCAUGGCUAGGUUGCCACUCAUUUUUUCUAAGACAACGACCUUGGAAGUAGAUUGGUCACUUGUGAAAGUUGAAGAAAUUGUUGAUGUCAACUGUUGCGAUGAAUCUGGUAACUGUGUUUAUAAUGAAGAUGGAAAACUUCUUCUACAUACAGAUGGAACUGGAUUCAUAUCUGAGGAUUUGGCUUUGCUUUGUUCAAAGAUAGAAGCCAAAAGAAAGUUUAUGAGUGAGGAACACAUGGAGGGACUUCCGGAUCCUGAUGAACUUGAGAUUGAAAUGAAAAAAUCAGAUCUCCGAACUCAAGAACCGCCAUUGCUCAUACAGUGCCGCCUAUUUCACGAAGGCAAUGCUUAUAAAGGAACUUUGCUUGUCAAUAAGCGGCUUCCCCCGAAAACACUGCAGAUUCGACCGUCAAUGCGUAAAGUUGAGAAGGACCCUAAGAUUUCAGAUAAUGAAACCAUCAAUUCUUUGGAAAUGGUUUGCACAAGUGCUCCUCCUAGGAAAGCUUAUUUGUCAAGGAUUAUAAUUGCACUUCUAGUGCAUGGAGGUGUACCGAAAGACUUCUUUAUGAAGAUACUUGACAAUGCUUUAGAAGAUGCUCAUCGUGUUAUCGGGAAGACACGUGCAGCGCUCAAAGUUGCUGAGAAGUAUGGUGAGAUUGAUGACAAUUUCUUGGGAGCAACAAUGAUCAGACUUGGUAUUCCUCUAGAAGAAUCAUAUUUGCAAUAUCGUCUGUCACACUUAAUGCGUGUGCAGGAAAGCACUGGUCUUAGAAAAGGGAGACUUCAUAUUCCUGACUCUUAUGUGUUGAUGGGGACAGCUGAUCCAACAGGGAUUCUGGAAAGAGAUGAAGUCUGCGUUAUCCUUAAGGACGGACAAAUGUCUGGGAAGGUACUUGUGUACCGGUAUCCUGGUUUACACUUCGGGGAUAUUAAAGUUUUGAAGGCCACCUAUGUGAAGGAGUUAGAAUCCAUUGUGGGAGAUGCCAGAUAUGCUAUAUUCUUCUCUUGCAAGGGACCACGUAAUGUUGCUGAUGAAAUUGGUGGUGGAGAUUUUGAUGGUGAUCUUUACUGGGUCUCAAGAAACCCUCAGCUAUUGGAAUGGUACAAACCAAGUGAACCUUGGAACGAAGGAUCAAUAUCAACUCAAAAGGUUGCCGCCAGUAAUAGACCAACUGAGCUUUCCACUGAAGAUCUUGAAGCUGAUAUGUUUAGAUUGUUCUUGAAAAAUAGGUUUCAACCAAGUUUUGCUAUGAGUGAGGCAGCUAAUAACUGGCUAGCUUGGACCGAUUGGUUCUUGACUUUGGGAGAUAGUAAUGAGAAGAAGGACGUAAUGGACAAGAUACUGAGGUUGGUUGAUAUAUACUACAUCGCUCUAGAUGCAGCGAAGAAAGGUGUAAAGGUUGAAGUUCCAAAAGAUUUGAAGGUGUCACUUUUCCCUCAUUACAUGGACAAGAAAAAAGAAGAAGAAACUUACAUUUCAUCUUCGAUUUUGGGAGAAAUUUAUGAUGAAGUUGAUAAAUGUCAAGCAAAAAUAAUUUUUCUCAAAGAAAUCAAGAAACUUCCUAUUUUUGAUAUUAAUCAAGUCCCCGAACUCUGCUUGGCCAAAUGGAAGAAACGUUAUGGACGGUACAGGACUGAAAUGAGCUCGGCCAUGGAUGAGGAUGGAGAUCAGGCUGCCAUUGUCAUAAGAAAGUAUAAAAAGAAGCUGUAUAAGGCUAAUGACUUUGAGCACAGUUCAAGGCCGAUGGAUGAAAUACUGGACGAGGCACACGCUAUAUAUCAUGUAUGUUAUGACCAUGCUAUGGAUAAAAGAGAUGUGAAAAAAUGUUCCUUUGCAUGGAGAGUUGCAGGUAAAGCUCUGUGCGAGCUUCACGCUAGGAAAAAGGAUGAGAAGUGGUUAAACAUUGCCCCUUCUGUUUUGAAAGAGCUUUUGUAAUGAAAAUGAGACGUACGUGACUAUUGUAGAAGUAUGUCGUAUAUGUAUGUCAUAUAUUAUGUGUAAUAUAUGUAUGAAUUUCCCAUUUCCAACCCAA